ACAGCUUGCUGGAGCAGACGACAGAAACAGACGACAGAAAGUUGCCUUGUGACACGUCUAUUUUGGUCUCGCAGCUUUGACCCUAAGAAUUUGUGCUUUCAUUUGGUUUGGAGGAUUAUGUCAUUUCUGUCCGCUAAUAUUUGAAGCGCUCGUCGUUUGCAAACGGGCUGACGGACAAGAACUACAGUGGAAAGAAAAAGUUGGAUCUUCGUCGUUCGACUUCAGAAUUUUUAUCUACCGCGUAUGCUUCGAGAAUUUUGGAUCUUCACUGUGCAUCGAUAGAUUCGGAUCUGGGCUGAUCAUUGGCCAGCACAUCGCUUCAAACUUUGGCCACCACAUAGCUUUGAACUUUGGCCACCACGUCUCUUUAAACUUUGGCCAGCACAUCGCUUUGAACUUUGGCCACCACAUUAAAGUGUAGCUAGCUGAAUAAGUGGACUGAAAAUGUUGGUACCAGAAAGAAUGAGACUGGCUUUGUUUGUGUUGAUGUGCACCUUGGGUGCACUACAGUGCGCACCAACUUGGAGCCUACAGUGCAACUCCCGAAAUAGAGAUCCGUGUGCAAAUUUCCCUGAGCUGUGUACGGCUGGCGGUGGGCUGUGUGUCGUCAAGGGCCCCUGUGAGUACGAGUGCAUCUGCCCACCCAACGGUCACGCUGCACGUGAUUGUCUGCUGGUCGGGGAACCGGACCCGGCUCCGGUAGACCCACGGAACCAGGCCGUGCAGUCCGGCAGUCUUCUAGUCUUUGACCCCAAUUUAUUUUUCGAGAUGGAGCUCCCCAAAAAUUUGACAUCGGAAGCCACGACCGUCCCGCCACCUACAGCAGCCCCCAGCACCACCAGCAGCACCACCAGCAGCACCACCACCAGCACGACAACAACUCUAACACCAGCGGAGACGACCACAGCGAGCUCACAAGUUGAGCAGACAACAAGUGACCAGACGAUGGCAUCCAACAAAUUUCUCGCUCAGAUCCACGGGAAUAUCUUGAGCUCCAUUCUGGACAUCAAUACAGUUACCUCACCGGAAAUGACCUCAGCAGCCACACCCUCACAAGCAGCUGAUGCGGUGAAAGCCCCUGGGCCCCCCGUACCCCAGCAGGCGGCCCCAGCCCGCCCCGCCUCGCCUGGUGUCGCCGCCACCUCCCCAGCAGAACUUCUGCAGAUGAUCGAGAAAAUUAAAAGCUCCUAUCAGCUGCUGUCGUCCAAAGGCUUGACCAAACCAAGCGGCGGUCUGGCCGGCAGUACUAGCACCAGCACCAGCACUAGCACUAGCACCAGCACCAGCACUAGCACCAGCACCAGCACUACCACAAGACCCCCAGUAUCUGCUGGCUCAGAGCUUUUACAGCAAAACCCAGUACCCGAGCUACCAACAGUUUCGCCUUCAGAACGUCUGCAGACCAACCAACGAACGAGCCAGUCGCCAGCUGACGUCACACAGCCACCAGCUGACGUCACACAGCCACCAGCUGACGUCACACAGCCACCAGCUGACGUCACACGGCCACCAGCUGACGUCACACAGCCACCAGCUGACGUCACACAGCCACCAGCUGACGUCACACAGCCACCAGCUGACGUCACACAGCCACCAGCUGACGUCACACAGCCACCAGCUGACGUCACCAGCCGACCAACCUUGACCUUUGAAACAUCCACUGAGAAAACUCAGCAGAGGUGAGGCUGGUGUCAUGACAUUUGACACGUGACAUAUAAAGAAUUGUAAAACCUUGCUGAACUUAUUUCUCUCGGGCAUUUAAAUGUAGAGUUGGCAAACUGACAAACCGCGCUAGUAACAGACUGGCAAACUGACAAACCGCGCUACUGACAAACUGGCAUUAUCUCUGCUACAUAGCGCUAGUGACAAGGUGUUGGAAUACUUUGUGAGCUGUGGUGUUGUCUCAGAUGGAGGAUUUCGCUGGAAAAAAAAUGUGACAAGCACCACCACACUAUCAGGCACCAUCAGACACACUCACACCAUCACACCACCAGACAGCAUCAGACACCAUCACACCAUCACACACCAUCAGACACCAUCAGACACCAUCACACACCAUCAGACACCAUCACACCAUCACACCAUUAUACCAUCAUACCAUCAGACACCAGACCUGCACCAUACGCUGUGAAGGCUGACAUCCAGUUGUGCUGAACACACCCACUGUGAUGUCGGGAUUCGAACCCUCACUGUUCAGCGUCUAGCUGACGUCAGCAGGUGAAUCCCUCGGGGCCAUGAUGGAGAGAUAGACGAUGACAAAUUGAUGGAUGGCCAGAUACACCUUGGCCGUCCGGCCCAGGGCCGCUAAUAAAGAAAAACAAACGAGGGCCGACAACCUUCCUGUGGGAACCAUUUUAACUGUGGUGGUGUUGGUGGCUUCAAGUCACGUGAUGUCGUGAGCUGACUUGUGAAAAGACUGACUUUACUAGCGAGUUAGUUGUGCCGUCAGGCUGCUGGUGGUUAGGUCUGUCUUUACUUGAGUCUCCACCUCAUGAUGGCCCACUCAAGAUGGCCCACACAGGCUGGCCCACACAUGGUGGCCCACACAUGGUGGCCCACACAAGAUGGCCCACACAAGAUGGCCCACACAAGAUGGCCCACACAUGGUGGCCUGUGUUUGACGUCCUCACAUUUUAACCUGUUCAUGUUGAUCUGUCAUACACAUCUUGACAAAAGGUCAAAAACAUUUUGACAAAAGGUCAUAAACAUCUUGACAAAAGGUCAUAAACAUUUUGACAAAAGGUCAUAUCUUUGUUUGAUGAAAGGUCCUAUAAAUGUUUACAUUAUCUAAAUUAAAACUCCAUGUAAAAUGUACAAAAAAAUGUUGCUAUUGUUCGCGAAAGGUCAUGUUUUUUGUUAUUAAAGACCUUACAU